AUGACUUUUUCAUUGAAUCAUAUUUCAUUUAAUUUUUUUUCUUCUAGGUAUGAAUUAUACGAUCCAUGUACGAUUAUGUUUUUCUAUCGUAAUAAACAUAUUAUGAUCGAUCUUGGUACAGGCAACAACAAUAAAAUAAGUUGGGCUUUAGAAGAUACACAAGAAUUUAUUGAUAUCGUCGAAACAGUUUAUCGUGGAGCUCGUAAAGGUCGUGGUUUAGUUAUUUCACCAAAAGAUUAUUCUACAAAAUAUCGUUAUUAA